AUGUAAUUGAUGAAAAUUUUAAGAUUAGGAAUUUCAAAAGGACUAAAUUUUGAGUUAAUUUAAUUCUUACCCUAUGGCCUUUUGAUAGGAAAGAAUAAGAACUUAGCGUUUGCUUUUUGGGCAUUAUUAUUAUUUGAGUUUUGCAUUUGA